UCCGCAAACAGCCGGUUUGCUCCUGGCACCUCCGGGUAGGGUUUUACCUACGUCUACUCGCCUAGUUCCUCGCCUUCUGUCUACGACCCGGGGUGACUUGUGCCAGCCACGGAAGCCUCUUGGAGGACAGAGGGGGACUCCAGGGACCGGGAAAUGGGAGAAGAAGGGAGAAGAGACAGACAGACAGACAGACAGACAUGGAUCCAUUGCCUCCCACAUGCACCCCGACCUGGGAUCAAACCGCAACCUCUCAGAUAAACUCUUGUAAACAUUCUCCACAGGUUUUGCGUCAACAUUUACUUGGUAGCUGGCAGGAAUGCGAAGAAGCCCACCCAGGGCCACCCCAUGGACCUGGGCCCAGUGCUAGGUGCAAGCAAGGGCCCUUCGUGCCCCACUGGCUUCUUGCUCUGCAUCAGGACUCAGUGGUGACCUUUGAAGAUGUGGCUGUGAACUUCACCCUGGAGGAGUGGGCUUUACUAGAUCCUUCACAGAAGAAACUUUAUAGAAAUGUGAUGCGAGAAACCUACAGGAACCUGGCCUCAAUAGGUCUGCAUUUAGGGGAAAAAUGGGAAGAUCGUAACAUUGAAAAUCAGUACAAAACCCAAGGAGAAAAACUAAGAGGUCAUAUGGUAGAAAAACUCUAUGAAAUCCAAGAAGACCGAUCUAUAGGUAAAUUAAAGUGUAUUUCUAAUAAACAGUACUGUCCUGUCAAAACCCACCAGGACCACACCAGCAGUCAACAAGAAGUGUUGGCAGAGUGCUCACCAUCUCCCAAGACUGCAUCAAAACUACAACUAAGUUAUGCAACUGUCAGCCUGGAGAACGAUCUGAAGACUAGCUGAACAAGCUCCUAUAACGAAGGGUAUAAAGAAAAAGCCAUGUUGAAACCGCUAGGAGAAACAGAGACACAAAACAGACACUCCCCAAACCCACUUGUGGAGGUUAAGAAUCAGGAGUCAUGUAUCAGCUGCAGAGGUCCCCCCUGAGGAGCGAGGGGUCCCAGCCCCAUACAGGGCUCCCCAGUGCCAGGAAGAGCUGGCGGAGGUUCUGCCCACACACAGACUCACUCACUCAUAAACACUCACCCUAAGCUCCAGCAAAAGGACAGCAGCUGGAAAGGUGCCAGAGACUUACAGGGAGAAAUUAAAUUGUGUGGCUUCAGGGCACAGGCUUGAUGGCCAUGUGCCAUUAUCCCUGUGUUGAGCCCUCCCCCACACAGCCUGCAGGCACAGGUGGGCACCAAUUCUCAAUGCGCACUAACCUGGUGAAUGCCAUUCACACCACCCUGGGGACCCCCUGAGACCCCACUCCACCCAUUGCACUUGGCUCUUUCAGCAGCUGUGUCUCAUGGGCAGCCAGCCUCGCCCUGCACUGCAGAAUUUCUUUAUAACUCUCCUAGGUCCGCAGGACCCAGGCUGGCGGUUCCUGGCUUUGGUGUGCCCUGUACCUCUUGCUAAGUGGCCCCAGCCUGGCACUGCGGCUGUCAGCCUUGGGUUGCAGGGUGCCUCUUCCACAUGCCUCCAAUCUCAGCACAGGGAGCUACCAACUGCAGAUUGCUUUGUAGCUCCUACCAGGUGACCCUGGGCCAGGCACAGGCAGCAACCGACCUCAGCCUACCCUGGAUCCCCUACCAAGAGGCCCCAGAACCAACAGACCCAGCAAGCCAUUCAGACACAAAAGCACUACCCAACUAGCUACACAAACAGCACACCCAAAGGGUUGUCUCUGAAGGCACCAAAGCCUCACUGGGGUGAAUCCUGCUCUGUGGGAUCAGCCACCACUGUGGUUAUGGCCAGUCCUCACAGUCAGUCAGCCUGAGGGUCAAUCCUACCCACUGAUGUGCCAACAGCAAUCAAGGCUCAACUAUAACAGGGGGGUGUACACAGCCCACAUUGGAGGGGGUGCACCUGGAGUGCCCAGCUUGGGUGAUCAGGGAGGUUGUGCCACUGGGCCCUAAAGGACACCUACUACAUUAGGCCAUUCUACAAAGCCCAGGACACAUAGCUCUACCUAAUACACAAAAACAAACACAGGGAGGUAGUAAACAUGAGGAGACAAAGAAACACAUCCCAAAUGAAAAAACAGAACAAAACUCCAGAAGAAUUAAACAAAAUGGAGACAAACAAUGUUCUAGAUGCAGAGUUCAAAACACUGGGUAUAAAGAUGCUCAACAAACUUGAGGAAAGAGUAGAUGAACUUAGAACUUCAACAGCAUAAAGAAGGGCAUGGAAACCAUACAAAGAUCCAGUCACAGAUGAAAGAUAAACUAACUGAAAUGAAGAAUCAACAGUAGAAUAGAUGAGGCCUAGAAUCCAAAUAGCAAUUUGGAAUACAGGAAAGCAAAGAACACCCAAUCAGAACACCGAAUGAAAAAAAGAAGCAAAAAAAAUUAAGAUAGAGUAAGGAGCCUUGGGGACAACUUCAAGCACACCAACAUUCACACCAUGGAGGUGCCAGAAGUAGAGAAGAGAGAGCAAGAAAUUGAAAAACUACUUGAAAAAAGGAUGAAAAACUUUUCUAACCUGGUGAAGGAAAUAGACAUACAAGUCCAAGAAGGACAGAAGGU